GAGGAGCUUGAGGCCAUUAACCCAUCUAUGGCUAUGGUGGAAGAUAAUCCUUCGCAGGAUCACGGUCCCAAGAUCCCCUCUGUCCGGCUUAGUCCAGAGAUCACGAUGAGACUGCGGAGCAAUUGGCAGAACACGGUAAUUAUCAAAUUACUGGGGAAAACUAUCAACUAUAAGCUUUUAUGUGCCCGGUUGGGAGCAUUAUGGAGAACUGAAAGUGAGUUUGAUUUAAUUGAUCUUGGAUUGGGUUUUUACACAGUGAAAUUUGCUUCUUUGGAUGAUCGCAAUCGUAUUUUGACUGGAGGUCCUUGGAAAAUCUUUGGUCAUUAUCUUGCUGUGCAACCGUGGCAGCCGAACUUCCGGCCUUCGCAUGCGAAAGCACCAAAAACAGCCAUUUGGGUACACUUUCCGGAGCUUCCCACAGAGUAUUAUCAAGAACCUAUAUUACGAUUGCUGGGGAACAAAGUGGGUCGCACUAUCUUUGUGGAUGAAACAACUCUUUUAGCCACCCGAGGCCAAUAUGCUAAGGUCUGUGUGGAGGUUAAUUUGGCAGAACCAUUGGCUUCUAUGGUGGAUUUCAAUGAUGGUGUUGAUUCGAAUUCCAUGUUUCUUACGGUUGCGUAUGAUCUAAAUAACGUUUGCUUUCAUUGUGGGGAGUUUGGGCACAAAAAAGAUUCAUGCUAUUAUCGGCAGGCACAGCUAGUGACAGAGACCACCCAGCCGAUAACUGGAAUUCAGCAGCACCACGCCCAUACACGUCCCACAACCUCAGCUACUCUUUCCGAACCCUACGGACCAUGGAUGAUAAUUAACCGGAAACCCCGAAGACCAUUAACUAAGAGUGUACAGAGGAAGUCAGCAGAAAUCACUGAGCCUUUGAUGGGCAAUAGAUUUGCAGUUAUUUCCAAUAUGGAAAAAGAAUCCCAAGAGAGGAGUGAUGAACUAAUGACUGUUGAGAGAAUUUCGCUGAAUAUGGCGGCAAAUGAUGAAGUUAAUUUAAGUUUGAAUGAUCCUAAAGGCGACAAGUUGAACAUGGAAGUCAUGCCUUGCGAGUCACCAAGUCAAGAACAGCCCAUUACCCAAUCCCCCACUCCAGUUGGACCAUCUCGCUCUCGGCCUAAAGCUUCAUUUAAGAAGAAGCAAAAAGAGAAGGUGACAAUUGGCCCUGUUCCUAAGGCCCCAAAACAUGUUGCAGCUAAACCUUAUGCCCCGCUCACACGCAAACUGUCUACCCCACCCCCAACUGUCGUUAACUAUGUGUUGGAAAAGGGGCAGGAGCCUUGUAGGGUUGCCCAGACCUGUCUCCGUCAGCCUUUUUCGAACAAUCAGCCGUCAGUUGGGAUUUCAGUUGAUCAGUCAUCACUUAACUUGGGUGAGAAUGCGGAACAUGGUCCAGGAAAUAUUAUUGCUGUUUCUCCAACUUCUAACAUGGCACCCCAAACUGAUAUCUUGACAUCCGGAGUUAAUAACUCCUCCUUUUGGAGAGAUUGUAAAGAGAUGUUAAGAGUGCAAAAGCCUGAUGUAAUAUGCUUUUUAGAGACCAAAGCUGAUUCAUCGUCACGGGCCAUGCAAUUUAUGUUGCAUUUUGGCUAUGAUAAACAGUUCCAAGUCCCGUCGUCUGGGUUUGCUGGCGGACUAUGGUUGUUUUGGAAAUCUUCUAUAGCUAACAUACAUGUUUUUUCAUCCUCACCUCAAGCCAUCCACUGCACAGUUAACAAUGGUUUCGGAGACUGGCUUCUCUCUUUAGUGUAUGUUCGACCUCAGUGUAAUUACAAAGAGGCAUUCUGGGCUGAUAUAGAGUCAAGAAGUGCUUCAAUUUCUUCUAGUUGGGUGGUGAUGGGUGAUUUGAAUGAUGUUCUUUCCUCUGAUGAAGUGUUUCCUCAUCGCUCAUCCAUAUUUCGUCGGGCUCAGCACCUUAAUGAAAUACUGGAUCGGUGCAACUUGAUAUCUGAGGAAGCCUUAGGGUGUAAAUACACAUGGUGCCGUAUACAGCAGGGGCGAGUUACCUUACGGGAACGACUUGAUCGAGCUCUCUUCAAUGUCCAAGCUAAAGCUGAAUUUCAAGGUGCUAAACUUUUUAACUUACCUUGGACCAGUAGUGAUCACCACCCAAUUCUUCUAAACAUAGAUACAGCUGCUUCUUUGGUCCCACAUCACAAGCCUAGGAGAUUUGAGGCUGUGUGGUUAACUAGGGAAGAGUUUCCAACUGUGUUCUCUCGAGCUUGGACUCAGCACCCCACGGAUAUAAAACAAGCCAUCUCUUCCACUAGUGAUGCUUGCAUUGUGUGGGGUAAAGAAUCAUUUGGGGAUAUUUUUAGAAAGAAAAGAUUGUUACAGGCUCGAUUAGUUGGCUUGCAAAAUUUCCCGCGGUACGACUAUUCCCUUAAUUUACAAACUUUAGAAAAGAAGUUGUUGAGUGAUUACCAGCAGGUUUUGUUUGAGGAGGAAGUCUUGUGGUUCCAAAAAUCAAGGGUGGAGUGGAUCGCCUCUGGUGAUAGGAAUACCACCUUUUAUCAUCUGUCCACUAUCACCCGGAGGUGUAGAAACAAGGUUGGGGCUUUGAAAAUUGAUGGAGUCUGGACUGAGGAGCCGCAAAUACUAAAAAACCAUGUUCUUAACUUCUUUGUCCAUCUUUUCUCAAGGUCUAGUUCUACGAACCCUGUCCCUCUUGCUUCAGUUUCCCACCCAUCUAUUGAUGCUUCUGAACACCCCACCCUCAUCAAGCCAGCUACAGAGGAAGAAGUGCGGAUUGCUCUUUUUUCAAUGAAGGGCUUGAAGAGCCCAGGACCUGAUGGUAUACAGGCGUUGUUCUACCAAAGGAACUGGGAUACUGUGAAAGGUACUUUCUUGGAUUUUGUUAAUAAAGCCUUAUCUAAUGGCUAUUUUGAUCCGGAUCUUGCCAGGGCGCAUGUUGUCUUGAUACCAAAAGAGCAUAGUCUGGAUACUGUACAAAAAUUUCGUCCAAUCAGUUUGUUGAAUGUGGCUUAUAAGGUGCUCUCAAAAGUUCUUGUUAAUCGCUUGUGGCCUUAUCUGCAAGAGUUAAUUGGACCCCAGCAGAGUAGCUUCUUGUCAGGAAGGAGUACCACUGACAAUAUUAUUUUGACCCAAGAGGUGGUUCACUCAAUGCAACAACUGCGAGGAGGUAGAGGCGCCAUGGUUCUGAAAAUCGAUUUGCACAAAGCCUUUGACAGUGUAGAUUGGACCUUCUUACGAUCAGUUCUUCAAGACUUCAAUCUUCCAACUGUUCUAAUUGAACUUAUAAUGUUCUCAGUUUCCUCGGUCCAGCUUUCAGUGCUUUGGAAUGGAGAACCUUUGCCUUAUUUCUCACCACAAAGGGGACUUCGACAAGGAGAUCCUCUUUCUCCAUAUUUGUUCAUCAUGGUUAUGGAGAAGCUUGGCCUUUUGAUACAGAAGCAAAAACCACAUUUAGUAAGCUGGGAAACAGUAUGCCAGAGUAAGGAUGCUGGUGGACUUGGUCUCCGAUCCGCAUGGGAGAGUAAUAAAGCUUUUAUGGCCAAACUUGGCUGGAAAUUGCUUAAUAAUGCAAGUCUGCCUUGGUGUGCUACAUUUAAUUCCAAAUACUUAAAGCGAGACAACUUGCUGAAUGUGGAGAUUGCACAAAAAUCCUCACCCACUUGGAAAAGCAUUUUAAGAUGCAGGGAUGUACUUAGUCUAGGCACUUGUUGGAGGGUAGGCAUGGGUGAUCACAUUAAUUUUUGGCAAGAUGUUUGGGUUGGCGACUCUCCCUUGAGAAGUUAUAUUGUGGGGCCAAUUUCUGAGGAGUUUUUAACCAUGACAGUGGCAAGAGCCAUUACGCCUAAUAAGGAAUGGGAUGUGGAGAUGUUAAUGAAUUGGCUUCCCGUCGAAGUUGUUAAUGAGAUUAGAGCAUUGCCUUUAUCUUCUCAAGCUCCACUUGAAGAUGCUAUUUAUUGGGUUGGGACCUCAGAUGCUUCAAGGCAUGAGCUUCAUCCGAGCACUAGAAUUCCCUGGACUUACUUAUUUCUCUCAGCCAUUUGGUUGCUAUGGAAGGACAGAAACAACUUCAUAUUCGCACAUGUUCAGACCCCGCCACAAAUUCUCUGUUCUCAAAUCUUCCAACAUGCAUUCUACACAUCUUUGGCUCCUAUCCAUUCUGUUGAACGACCGAACAGAAAGUUGAGAUGGGUACAGUGGAGACCGCCGGCGGAGGGGAUGCUGAAACUGAACACAGAUGGUUCUCGAUUGAGCGGUUCGGGAAUAGCUAGUGCAGGAGGUCUAGUGCGUGAUUCGGCAGGUAGAUGGGUGCACGGCUUUGUAGCAAACAUUGGGAAGGCUACUAAUUUUAUAGCAGAGCUUUGGGGACUUAAAGAAGGACUGCUUUUAUGUCUCUCUUUGGACAUUCGUAAGUUAGAGGUAGAGCUGGAUUCAAUGACAGCUCUUCAAGCAGUUCAUGCUGAAUGUCUACCAAAUGGUUUGGCCACUGCUUUAAUCCUGGACAUCAAGGCUCUUGUGGCCUCUUUUGAAUUUUGUCUUCUAUCCCAUACACUUAGGGAGGGCAAUUCAGCAGCAGACUUCUUAGCCUCCUUGGGCCACUCUUCACCAAACGGAACGACUUUCUUGCCGCGAACCCAGGAGUCUGGGUUCGUCGCGAUGAACCCAGCUCGUGGGUUCGUUGCGAACCCAAGAGCCUGGGUUCGUCACGAUGAACCCAGCUCGUGGGGCCGUCGCGAUGAACCAAGCUCGUGGGGCCGUCAUGAUGAACCCUGCUCGUGGGUUCGUCGUGAUGAACCCUGCUCAUGGGUUCGCAACGAAGCCAGGAGCGUGCGUUCGCGACGAAGCCAGGAGCGUGGAUUCGCGACGGCACUUCAAGCACAGAAAAAUGUUAGUUGGUUCUUCCAAGAAGGAAGUUGAAUAGGUUUUGUUGGUUCGCGAUGAACCCAAUUGCCUAGAGGUGAUCAGUUUGAUUUUCUAAUUUAGGCCAUUGACAUUGAGUGCUGGAAUUUCAAAUCCUCAAUUUUCAAUUUCCUGAAAAUUUUGCUGCUCUUGGGUUUUUUGUUGUUGGAUGUUUCUAAAGCUGUUUGUUUGAGAAGAACAUGCUUUCUUAUUUUUGGCAGGGAUUGAGAACCCAGCUCGUGCCUGGGUUC